GAUGUUGUUCAUAACGCGCGGCAGAGUCGAACCGGGAACUGUUGUAGCGUGGCAAACAUGUCUACAGUCUCCAGUGUUCACUGAUAAGCAGACUUGACAUGGACAUGGGUACGGAUUCCACACAACCCAGAGGUCUCGUUAAAUAAACUAGAUUCGUAAUUAGAGUCCUCUUGCUGCUGUCUUCGCACUCGACUUCGAAUUCACGACUGGCAUGGGGGCACGGUAUUGAUGCGCUCGGUAUUGCGCUCAGAUCUACAGAAGCCCACUCCGCCGGCCGCAACUCAACGCUUGAGGACGGAACUUCACGCUUUGGUGUGAGACUUUUGGAGUUGCCUAAUUGGAACCGCAAUUUAGAGCAAUGACGGACUCUACAGCCUCAGACCCGGUGAGCACCAUCCCGGAUCCAACUAUUGUUGAUCCGUCGACUGUGAACGGCCAGUGCGACCCGACAGAUCAACAGCCACCCAAAAGAGCAAGUCAGGGGGAACCUAAAUUCAAGAUGGACCAGGAGAUGAAGAUUAGCGAUAGCGUGGAGGGGCAAGGCUUACUGGAGAGCAGCAUGAGGCUAAAGCCCCACGAAGCUCAAAGCUACCGCAAGAAAGCAUUGUGGGUCUCCUGGGUUUCCAUCUUUGUGACGCUGAUCCUGGCAGUAGCAGCUUUCACUGUUUCCUUCAUGAGACACAGUGCCUCGGCUUUCGGAUUCGCUUUUGAUGCGGCCCUGGACGUGCUGUCCUCCAUCAUCGUGGUGUGGCGCUAUAGUAAYGCCGCCGCCGUUCACUCUGCACACAGGGAGUACAUAGCCUGUGUGAUCCUGGGGGUGGUCUUCAUCCUGUCCUCUCUGUGUAUCCUGGGAAAGGCAAUCCAUGACCUGGCUACCAAGCUACUGCCUGAAGUGGUAAACGAUGCCAUCUCCUGCCGUUAUAUAUGUACAUACAUGUGUUCAUUAUUGUUGUUAAUGUUCAAGCUCUGUCUGUCUACCUGUCUGUCUACCUGUCUUGUCCGAUCUACAGGUUUCAACUCCCUGGUGGGCGGAGUCAUGGGCUUCUCCAUCCUAAUCAGUGCUGAGGUGUUCAAGCACGAUCCCAAAGUGUGGUACCUGGACGGGUCCAUAGGUGUCCUGAUAGGCCUCAUCAUCCUGGCCUACGGAGUCAAGCUGCUGGUUGAUAUGGUCCCUCGAGUGCGACAGACGAGGAACUACGAGCGCUUCGAGUGACAGAARACCACGGAAGGGCAGCGAGGGCUCAGUGGGGGAUGGGUUCUAGGUUAUAUACAGUAUGUGUACGUCCAGUGUCUGUUCUAGGAUAUGUAUAUCUACGCCCAGUCCCUAUCCAGCUCAGCUCCAUCCUUCCUGGUAGAUCUCUCCAGUCACCAUGACAAACCUAUUGAUUGAUUUAGACCUCACGGUGCCAGCCCAGUGGCAUUUUAGGUUAGACCCAAGUGGUCCAUUCUGCAGCGUUCCCCCUGUCUCUCUCUGACUCCGAACCUGAUCCAUCCAUAGGAGUCAUUACGAAGUCAAAGAGAAGACGGAGGAGGUUUCCCUCGAUGUUUCUCCUCCUCCUCUGCCGAAGCAGGGGGAGGCGGAGGGACAGACCGAAGAACGUGGGCUGCUGAGUCGUCAGGAAAUGAUGCCACUGCCGCUACAAAGGCACUGCACAUUGUCCACUGAUCACAGUCUGGUGUUCAUAUCUCUAUCUCCCCUUGGACAAGAUGGCUGAUUCAGAUAUGCAUCUCAGUCCAUAUGGGAUUUCAAUGGUUUCUAAUAGGCCUUUUCUUUUGUUCAGUAACACUGGCUGUGUCCCCAAUGACACCCUGUUCCCUUUAUAGUGCACUACUUUUGACCAGGGCCCAUAAAAAGUGCACUAUGUAGGAAAUAGGGUGGCAUUUGGCACACACACAUACACACACACAGCCUAUUUCUGUUCAUGACGCCACUGCUCAAAGUAGAUGUGCUGCGUUUAUGUAGUCAUGAUGUAGUAACAGGUAAAGUAUAUUUUAGGGUGGUAGUUGCUAGGGCAUGUUUGCUAUGUUUGCUAUGUUUGCUAAAAACAAAUCAGCAGGGAAAAUGGAUUUCUGAGAUGCCCAUUGUAUUAUCAAUUGUAGACACAAGAGUAUAGUAUAGCAGU